AUGUCAUCCAACAGCAUGUCCAUAUCUACUCUCGAUAACGACGUCCUAGCAAGCAUCCGCCAAGCCAUCACCAAUUUUCUUCAGUGCUGUGGCUUGCAAUAUAUGGACAUUGCGAUCAACAAAGCAUGCUACUCUGAAUGCUGCCAGGAAGCCAUCAGCCGUGGCUUUCCAAUGGAUGGUAACUAUUCCAUCCGUCCGUACAUGGGCGUUGGAGUAGCCAUAAUGUCCAACGCUUACGCCCACCUUCCUGACUGCGCGAUCAGGAUGUGGAUCUGCCUCUUCACUACCAUCAGCACAUCCAUUGAUGACUUGAUGGAAAGGGGAGAAGACCUCGUGCAUCUGUACCGUUUCAACGAGCGGUUUGCGAGCUCCCAACCACAGGGUGAUCCAGUCCUGAAUGCGCUCAAUGUGCUCUUGUGGGACAUCGCUUGCCUUUAUGCCCCGCCUGUGUUGAAUUUGAUUGUCGCAUCCUCACUCAACUUCAUGUCUUCGAUCGUGCUUGAUAAUGAGACCAAGGAUAUGCAGAUCUCUGCACAGACUCCCUUGUACCCAGAGUAUUCUAGGCUCCUGUUGGGCCUAGCAGAUGCAUAUGGAUUCUUUAUUUUCCCUUCCACCCUCCCCCUUCAGAAAUAUGUUCAAUGUAUGCCGGAUCUAAUGACUGUCAUAAAUCACACAAACGAUAUACUAUCUUACUACAAAGAGGAAAUUGAAGGCGACACCGCAAACUACCUGUUGCUCAUGGCUGCCUCUCGUGCUCUCACCAAACAGGACGCUCUGCACGAAGUCAUCAAGAAAACUGUGCGGGCAUAUCAUAAUGUCCUCGAAUUCCUGAGACCGCAAACUGAGGCCUAUGAGGCCUACGUCAGUUUUUUUGAUGGGUAUGUGAAAUUCCAUGCUGCCUUGAGAAGGUACAAGCUGGAAGAGAUCAUGUGGGAGACAUAG